AUGGGUUGUGGAGCUUCUAGUGCCAAAAACGUUGAAGAACAACAAAAGCCAGUGGAGUCUACUGAAAAAAGCAUUCAAGUAGCAAAGAAACAAAAGGAAGAAGACCAUGCUCCUCCUCCACCAACACAUAAUGAAUCAACUGGGUCUCACAAAGUUGAAAAACCACAUCCUAAGGAGGAGAGACAGGAAGGUGGUCAUGAGGAGAAGGAACAUGCCAUUCCUCCGAAGAAAGUCAAACAAAAGGAAGAGGAACACAAACCAGUAAUACCAAAUGAAAGCCCAGAACCACCUAAAUUGAAGGACCCAGAAGAGGAGGAAAACUUUGAAAAUGUAGAAUAUGGUGAUGAUGAACAUAAGGCUGCUUCUGUCAUUCAAAAGAAGUAUAAGGAACAUGCGGCCAAGAAGAAGACAGUUUCAAGAAUGUUAAUUUGUUACACUUGUGGACAAAAGUUUGGACCAACCUCUCUACCAAUUCACUUGAACGAUUGUCCAGAACAAAGACUGAACGAUUACAAGGCCAACUUGCCAAAAGGAUUGGUUCCAAAAUCUCUUCCAAGCCCUCCAUCAGCUCCAAUACCUGAUUCUGAAAAUGGCACUCAACAAGAAGUUGACACAUAUAAUGAAGAAGCUCAAGAAUUAUUCUCUAAAUACAGUUUGGUCCAUUGUCCAAUUUGUGACAGAGGUUUUGAAUGUGAUCGCCUAACGAAGCAUUUAACCACAUGCAAGGAUAAAGAUGGGCACACUUGGGAGGAACAACAAGCAGCUAAAACAAUUCAAAAGAAUUGGAACAAACACUUGACAAAGAAGAUGCUCUUCUGUUACUGUUGUGGUCAAGAAUAUGGAACAAGAUCACUCCCAAUCCACAUUCCAGAAUGUAUAGAGAAGAGAAAGUCAUAUUGGGCUCACUCUGGUCUUCCUGAAGAUUUACUGAAGGAUGUUCCCGAACCACCAGUGUUACCAAUUCCUGGUUCCGACGAUACAGCAGAAUCUUACAAGAGUUACAACACAGAAGCAAGAACCAUCUAUAUUGCUUCGAUGGCUCAAUGCCCAAAUUGCAAUAGAAAAUUCGAACCUGACAGAUUGGUUGUUCACUUACAUUCUUGUAAAGUUCACAAAACAGAAGAAUAA